AUGGGUACUGUCUCGGACACUGAUAAAGUAGAGGACCACCUAAUUGGUACCGUCUCGGACACUGAUAAAGUUGAGGACUACCUUAUAGGUACUGUCUCGGACACUAAUAAAGUAGGGGACUACCAUAUGGAUGCUGUCUCGGACACUAAUAAUGUAGGGGACUACAAUAUGGAUACUGUCUCGGACACUAGUAAAGUAGAGGAUUACCAUAUGGAUACUGUCUCGGACACUAAUAAUGUAGGAGACUACCAUAUGGAUACAUUCUCUGACACUAAUAAAGUAGGGGACUACCAUAUGGAUACUGUCUCGGACACUAAUAAUGUAGGAGACUACCAUAUGGAUACAUUCUCUGACACUAAUAAAGUAGGGGACUACCAUAUGGAUGCUGUCUCGGACACUAAUAAUGUAGGGGACUACAAUAUGGAUACUGUCUCGGACACUAGUAAAGUAGAGGAUUACCAUAUGGAUACUGUCUCGGACACUAAUAAAGUAGGGGACUACCAUAUGGAUACUGUCUCGGACACUAAUAAUGUAGGAGACUACCAUAUGGAUACAUUCUCUGACACUAAUAAAGUAGGGGACUUCCAUAUGGAUGCUGUCUCGGACACUAAUAAUGUAGGGGACUACAAUAUGGAUACUGUCUCGGACACUAGUAAACUAGAGGAUUACCAUAUGGAUACUGUCUCGGACACUAAUAAUGUAGGAGACUACCAUAUGGAUACAUUCUCUGACACUAAUAAAGUAGGGGACUACCACCAUAUGGAUGCUGUCUCGGACACUAAUAAUGUAGGGGACUACAAUAUGGAUACUGUCUCGGACACUAGUAAACUAGAGGAUUACCAUAUGGAUACUGUCUCGGACACUAAUAAUGUAGGAGACUACCAUAUGGAUACAUUCUCUGACACUAAUAAAGUAGGGGACUUCCAUAUGGAUGCUGUCUCGGACACUAAUAAUGUAGGGGACUACAAUAUGGAUACUGUCUCGGACACAAGUAAAGUAGAGGAUUACCAUAUGGAUACUGUCUCGGACACUAAUAAUGUAGGAGACUACCAUAUGGAUACAUUCUCUGACACUAAUAAAGUAGGGGACUACCACCAUAUGGAUGCUGUCUCGGACACUAAUAAUGUAGGGGACUACAAUAUGGAUACUGUCUCGGACACUAGUAAACUAGAGGAUUACCAUAUGGAUACUGUCUCGGACACUAAUAAUGUAGGAGACUACCAUAUGGAUACAUUCUCUGACACUAAUAAAGUAGGGGACUACCACCAUAUGGAUGCUGUCUCGGACACUAAUAAUGUAGGGGACUACAAUAUGGAUACUGUCUCGGACACAAGUAAAGUAGAGGAUUACCAUAUGGAUACUGUCUCGGACACUAAUAAUGUAGGAGACUACCAUAUGGAUACUGUCUCGGACACUAAUAAUGUAGGAGACUACCAUAUGGAUACAUUCUCUGACACUAAUAAAGUAGGGGACUUCCAUAUGGAUGCUGUCUCGGACACUAAUAAUGUAGGGGACUACAAUAUGGAUACUGUCUCGGACACUAGUAAACUAGAGGAUUACCAUAUGGAUACUGUCUCGGACACUAAUAAUGUAGGAGACUACCAUAUGGAUACAUUCUCUGACACUAAUAAAGUAGGGGACUUCCAUAUGGAUGCUGUCUCGGACACUAAUAAUGUAGGGGACUACAAUAUGGAUACUGUCUCGGACACUAGUAAAGUAGAGGAUUACCAUAUGGAUACUGUCUCGGACACUAAUAAUGUAGGAGACUACCAUAUGGAUACAUUCUCUGACACUAAUAAAGUAGGGGACUUCCAUAUGGAUGCUGUCUCGGACACUAAUAAUGUAGGGGACUACAAUAUGGAUACUGUCUCGGACACAAGUAAAGUAGAGGAUUACCAUAUGGAUACUGUCUCGGACACUAAUAAUGUAGGAGACUACCAUAUGGAUACUGUCUCGGACACUAAUAAUGUAGAGGACUACCUUAGGGAUACUGUUUCGGACACUAAUAAAGUAGAGGACUACCUUAUGGGUACUGUCUCCGACACUAAUAAUUUAAAGGACUACCUUAUGUGUACUGUCUCGGACACUAAUAAAGUAAAGGACUACCUUAUGGGUACUGUCUCAGACUCUAACAAAGUAAAGAACUACCUUAUGGGUACUGUCUCGGACACUAAUAAAAUAGGGGACUACCAUAUGGAUACUGUCUCGGACACUUAUAAUGUAGAGGACUACCUUAUAGGUACUGUCUCGGACACUAAUAAAGUAGGGGACCACCUUAUGGGUACUGUCUCGGACACUUAUUUAGUAGAGGACUCCAUUAUAGAUACUGUCGCGGACACUAAUAAAGUAAGGGACUAUCAUAUGGGUACUGUGUCGGACACUAAUAAAGUAGGGGACUACCAUAUAGGAACUGUCGCGGACACUAAUAAAGUAGCGGACUACCCUAUGGGUUCUGUCUCGGACACCAAUACAGUAGAGGACUACCUAAUGGGUUCUGUUUCCGACACUAAUAAA